AUGGCAGACAGCUCUAGAGAUGGACCUACCUCGCCCAGUUGGCCGCUAUACAUGACGAUGCCCGGUCAAGCUGCUGAUGCUGAUUCCUUCUACAAAUACCCCAGCGGAGGGACGGCGCCAUCCACUGUGAUUCCGUCCCCUGGAGCUAUGGCUGCGGGAGGCAGCAUGAGCACCUAUCUGAGCAGUGUUCCUGGCCAAUUGCCAAGCGCAGUGCCCCUCGGCGGCGCCGGCUCCUUCUAUUUCUCGUUCUGCGGCACGGACGGGCUCAUGAUUGGCGACCCAGCUGACAUGAACUUGAGCACCACGUACGCCAACGCCGCCGCGACACCGACCUUCAGCACGAGCAAUACCACUGCCAAUAGCCAUACCGCGAGUCUUACCACGCCUGGUACCACUGUGAUGAACGCGAUGCAGCUUGCGGGGGUAAACCUAGAGUACUUCUACGGAAUCCCGACACCGAGCGCGCCAAACCGCGCCGAAUACGCCGGCUCUAGCGCCGCGAGCAACUGCAGCAGCACCAGCGACCGCCGCAUGAGUGAUCGUGUGACAGCGCCGGCACCGAUGCGCGCUAGCUCGCAACCGCCCGCGAACAGCGUGCUGCCGCAGGGUGGGGUUCAGAAGGAUGUGCUGGCACUCAUGGCCGCCGAGCAGCAUCAGCAGAAGUUUAUGUUGCAGCAGCGCAACAUUUAUAUGUCGGGACUGCCAGUCAACUUCCGCCCUUCUGCAUUCCGAGCGAUGUGCGGUGUGUUUGGCCGCAUCGAGUCCUCGAAACUGUGCAUGGAGUCAGAUGACUCCAGCCGCUGCCGCGGAUUUGGGUUUGUGCUCUUCUACGACGUGGAGAGCGCGAAUUCGUGCAUCUCAUCGCUGAACGGCAAGGUAAUGCAGGGCCGCACACUGCAGGUGCGCCGCGCCGACCUCUCCGCCGCCCCUCAGCCUCUGCAUCCCGUGACGCAGCGCAAUCGUACUGGCUCAUGUCUGGUGAGUCCGCGGAUGCCGGGGCAGCAGACUGCGCCAACCGACACGCUACCCACACCAGCGACGACCCCCUUCCCUCUCUACAGCCCGCAUCCGCCGGCUAUUGCCCAGCCUAGCACGAAACCAGGCGUGAUGUCGGCGCCGCCCUUCACGUUCGCCACGCCAACUGGCGCCGCUUCUCCGCCAGGAUCGACUGUGCACAAGUCGGUGUCGACCACUACCUCUUUCCUGCUUGGUGCGAACGCGUCGGUGUCCAGCUCGCUUGGCGCCACGUCAACCCCGACAGUGGUGUAUGCUUCAAACAGCACGAUGCUCUCUAACAUGCGAGGAGGUGUGCCUGUGAUGCAGUUGGUCACAGCGGUGCCGCCGGGUAGUGCGCCGGCGAUGGUCCCGCAGCCGCCCUCGGUGAUGUCGCACACGUCACUCAGCAGUCGAGAUCGCUCUACCCCUCACACCGAAACGCCAUCGAGCGUGGAAAGCUCCAGCGCCCCGAUCGGUUUCUCCGCCUCCCAGCAUCUAAUGCAACUCCAGCCCCCGACACCGCAGCAACUGCCGCAAUACGCCAUCCAGUUCAAGCCGCAGCCACCGAUGCAUCCGCCCGCGCAGCCACAGCGACCGAUAAACGUUUGCGCGAACAUGGCCGUCUACCACGCCAUGGAAACAGUGCCGAGUGCCGGUAACCUUAACCUCAACACAAGCGCUGGUAGCAGCGCGCUGACGAGAACCUACAGCACAAACGGUAGCGCUAUGCAAGACUACCUCAUGGGCACGGACCCCAAUGUGUCUUCCUCCAACGUCUUCUACUUUAUUUCUCAAUAG